AUGCCCUGCGGAGGCCUCUUCCAGGCAGUCGAGAUCUCGCAAUUUCUUUCAGACUUGGAGCACCUGCCCGGCCACGCGCUACCCCCACUGCAGCCGGCAGCCACCUUCUCAAAAGCCCCUUCGCCAAAGCUGCGGGGAGAGGCAGAGCGAGGCAAACUUGGCCACAAGGCCAGCGGCGGGCGGGAAGGGCUCAGUCGCCGGCUGCGCAUGCAGAGGGGGCAAGGCGGCGCGGCGGCGCAGGCGAAGAAGCGGAAGAGUUGGCCGGGCUCGGGGCGGCGACAAGGCGGCGGGCGAGCCGCCGGCCCCGGCGAGAAGGGGGCGCUGGGGCUUGCCCAGCCCGGGCUGCGGGGGAAGGCAGGCGGGCGGCUCGCCAGCCGCGGAGAUGCGCCCGGGCGCGGGGAUGCUCCUGCAAGUUCUCUGGCUCUGUUCCUUCGGGGGCUUCGCGCGGGCACACAAUGGGGAUCUUACAGUCAGACCACUUGUAAGCCGGGUUUCUCGGAAGACGAUUACACAGCUCUGGUUUCCCAAAACAUCGUGGAAGGGCAGAAGUUACUCAAAGUGAAAUUUAGCGACUGCUCAGAGACCAAGGGAAUCCGCUACGAAACCGACAACUUGGACUUCAAGGUGAGGACCGAUGGAACUAUCUACGCUACCCAAGAGGUGCAAAUCCCCUCGGAGCAGACAAUGUUUAUGGUGACGGCAUGGGAUCUCCAGGCCUUAGAAAGAUGGGAAACAAUGGUCAGGUUACUGGUGGGAGACAAAUCACAGCACAAGGGACAUAAGAAAGGAAAGAGGAACGUGUCGGCAGAUCUCCUCCCGCAACCCGGUGACAUUCUCUUGCCGUGGCGCCACCAUCAGAAUUCUCAUGGGUUGAGGCGGCAAAAACGAGACUGGGUCAUCCCACCGAUCAAUGUGCCCGAAAAUUCGAGAGGGCCCUUUCCUCAGCAGCUGGUUCGGAUCCGUUCAGAUAAGGACAGCGAGAUUCAUAUACGAUACAGCAUCACUGGAGUGGGGGCUGACCAGCCACCCAUGGAGGUCUUCAACAUUGACCCCAUCUCGGGGAGGAUGUACGUGACACGUCCCAUGGAUCGAGAAGAAAGAGCGUCUUACCACCUCAGAGCCCAUGCGGUAGAUAUGAAUGGAAACAAAGUGGAGAAUCCAAUUGACCUCUACAUCUAUGUCAUUGACAUGAAUGACAACCGGCCCGAGUUCCUCAACCAAGUCUACAAUGGAUCUGUUGAUGAAGGAUCUAAACCAGGGACCUACGUGACGACGGUGACAGCGAACGACGCAGACGACAGCACGACAGCCAAUGGGAUGGUGAGAUACCGGAUUGUGACUCAAACCCCCCAGAGCCCGUCGCAGAACAUGUUUACCAUUAACAGCGAGACAGGAGACAUUGUCACGGUGGCGGCUGGACUCGACAGAGAGAAAGUUCAGCAGUACACUGUCAUCGUUCAGGCCACAGAUAUGGAAGGAAACCUUAACUACGGUCUCUCAAACACAGCAACGGCGAUCAUUAUGGUGACAGAUGUGAAUGACAACCCACCCGAAUUCACUGCCAGCACCUAUUCCGGUGAAGUCCCAGAAAACCGAGUGGAAGUUGUGGUUGCUAAUUUGACCGUGAUGGACAGAGAUCAGCCACAUUCGCCCAACUGGAAUGCCGUUUACCGGAUUAUCAGCGGAGACCCUUCUGGUCAUUUCACCAUCAGGACCGAUCCAGUUACCAAUGAGGGCUUGGUUACGGUUGUGAGGGCAGUCGACUACGAGAUGAACCGGGCCUUCAUGCUGACAGUGAUGGUGUCCAACCAAGCUCCUCUAGCCAGUGGCAUCCAGAUGUCCUUCCAGUCUACAGCAGGGGUCACCAUUUCGGUCACCGACGUCAACGAGCCACCCUACUUCCCCGCAAACCACAGGCUCAUCCGGCUGGAGGAAGGAGUACCUACAGGGACGGCGCUGACAACCUUUUCAGCGGUGGAUCCGGACCGCUUCAUGCAGCAGGCUGUGAGAUACUCCAAGCUGUCAGAUCCGGCAAACUGGCUGAGCAUUAAUGCCACAAACGGUCAGAUCACCACCACCGCCGUCCUCGAUCGCGAGUCAGCCUACAUUAAGAACAACGUCUACGAGGCCACGUUCCUGGCAGCUGACAACGGUAUCCCUCCAGCCAGCGGCACAGGCACGCUGCAGAUUUACCUAAUUGACAUCAACGAUAAUGCUCCUGAGCUCCUGCCAAAGGAGGCACAGAUCUGUGAAAAGCCAAACCUGAAUGUCAUCAACAUCACAGCCGCCGAUGCUGACAUCGAUCCAAAUGUUGGACCCUUCGUCUUCGAGCUGCCAAGUGUCCCAUCUGCCAUCAGGAAGAACUGGACCAUUACACGGCUAAACGGUGACUACGCCCAGCUCAGCUUACGAAUCAUGUAUUUGGAAGCCGGCAUGUAUGACGUCCCAAUCAUUGUGACAGAUUCUGGAAACCCUCCUCUGUUUAACAUGUCCAUCAUUAAAGUCAAGGUGUGCCCCUGUGAUGAGAAUGGAGACUGUACCACCAUUGGAGCUGUCGCUGCGGCUGGACUGGGAACUGGAGCCAUCAUUGCCAUAUUGAUAUGUAUCAUCAUAUUACUAACCAUGGUGUUGCUCUUUGUGGUGUGGAUGAAACGGCGGGAAAAGGAGCGGCACACGAAACAGCUCCUCAUUGACCCUGAGGAUGACGUGCGGGACAACAUUCUGAAAUACGAUGAAGAAGGAGGGGGUGAAGAAGACCAGGAUUAUGAUUUAAGCCAGCUUCAGCAGCCAGAGAGCAUGGAUCAUGUGCUGAACAAGGCAAAUGGAGUCAGACGAGUAGACGAGAGACCAAUUGGCGCUGAGCCCCAAUAUCCUAUAAGGCCUGUAAUCCCCCAUCCCGGGGACAUUGGGGACUUUAUUAAUGAGGGCUUGAGAGCAGCAGACAACGACCCAACAGCCCCACCAUACGACUCCCUUCUUGUCUUCGACUACGAGGGCAGCGGUUCGACAGCGGGCUCGGUCAGCUCGCUUAACUCGUCCAGUUCUGGAGACCAAGAUUACGACUACCUUAAUGACUGGGGGCCAAGGUUCAAGAAACUGGCGGACAUGUACGGGGGAGGCGAGGAAGACUAAAAUGACCUCAUUCUAUUGUUUUAGUACAAAAAAAGAAAAAAAAAAGAGGAAAGCUCUAGAGUUAGAAGAGGAGGAAGGAAGGAAGGCAAAGAAACCCAACGGUGAAGAAGAAAAGGGUGAAGAAGCAAGAACUGUACAGAAGUGGCAGCUUUUUUAAUUACUAUGCCCUGCUGACUGUAUUCCUUUUAGUGGUGAUUUAGGAACAUUUCUUUUUCUGUUUUUUUCCCCUUUAUUUCUUUUUUUUUUAAAGAACAUCGAGCUGUCUAGCAUGAACACUCGUCUCUGCUGCAAUUGUGUUUUUUUUUAAUUAUUAUUUUUUUUUCUAAUGUGUCAGCAGGGAUAUGGCUUGUUCUAUCACUUUAUGACUAAGGGGAGUGAAAGGCACUCUGUCUUAACUUGAAUUUCUUAGAACAGAAGCACUGUUUUUAAAAUAUAUAUAUAGAUAUAUAUAUUUGAAAGUGCCUUUUGGUACAUGUAUCAGAUUCCCUCUAUCUCAGGAGUGUUCAGAAAAGAAACAAAAAAAAUUUAUGUUUCGACCGUCUUGGGCACCACACUCUAUGACCCUAAGCCAGUUCUAGCUGGGAAGGAAUUAACAAAAAAAAACAACCACCAC